AUGGAGACGAAAACGGAGCCGUUGACGCCGCCGCAGACUCCUCCGUCGGUCGAGAGGUCGAUUAAUCAAGCGAAUCAGCAUCACCAAUCGGCCCAGCAGCAGCAGCAGCAAUUGCCGUUCUCGUCCUCGAGGUGGAGUCGAGCUCAUCACAUCGUCGGCACCAGGUAUCUACAGCAGCAGCAACACGCGCAACCGGCUCAGCACAACACAGGCGGUUAUCACACGUCUUUCUUGGACAAUUGGUUCUUGAGGGGCGCGGCCCUGCUGGCCGUCAGGGGUUGUUGCCCUCAGACGCACCCUCACGCUUAUCACCACCACCAUCAUCAUCAUCACGCUCACCACCAGGGUUUGCUGCCGGUGCCGCCACCGACGUCGUUCCUCGCGCGAAGAAUACCGGGCCAGAGGCCUAAGAAACAGUUCAUUUGCAAGUUCUGCAAUCGCCAGUUCACCAAGAGCUACAACCUGCUGAUCCACGAGAGGACGCACACCGACGAGCGUCCGUACUCGUGCGACAUUUGCGGCAAAGCCUUCCGCAGGCAGGACCACUUGAGGGAUCACCGGUACAUACACAGCAAGGAGAAGCCGUUCAAGUGCAACGACUGCGGCAAGGGAUUCUGCCAGAGCAGAACCUUGGCGGUACACAGGAUCCUGCACAUGGAGGAGUCGCCGCACAAAUGCCCGGUCUGCGGACGGAGUUUCAAUCAGAGGAGCAACCUGAAGACGCAUCUCCUCACGCACACGCCGCCCGACGUGCCGCAGGACCUCCGGGUCGACACCAGCCCGGUGUCCUCCAACUCGAGGAUCACCUCGCCCUCCACCGAGGUCAGACAAUUAACGGAACGUAUGAGCAAUCUCUUGCCGGUCGAGAGGACCGGCACGAUCGCGCCUAUCAAGCUCGGCUUCACCAUAGAAGACAUUAUGAAACGUUAA